CUCGUCGCUAGCAGCUAGUGAGCGUGCGCCGCCUCCGUCGGCCUAGAGCAGAAACAUGGCCGCGCGGCCCUUGUGGGCGGUCCGGCGGCGGGUGCAGCAACUUUUGGCCUCCAGUGCCGCGUCCGAUGGCAGGGGAUGUCCGCAUCCUUUUAGCACUGCCACCCAGAGCACUGCUGGGGAGGACUGCGGUUCUGAGGACCCUCCUGAUGAGCUGGGGCCCUCUCUUGCAGAAAGAGCCUUAAAGCUAAAAGCUGUGAGACUGGAAAAAGAAGUCCAGGAUUUAACAGUGAGAUACCAGAGAGCUGUGGCUGAUGGUGAAAACAUAAGAAGGCGAACCCAGAGAUGUGUAGAAGACGCCAAGAUAUUUGGAAUUCAGAGUUUCUGUAAGGACCUGGUGGAGGUGGCGGACAUCUUGGAGAAGACCACAGAGUGCAUUUCUGAAGAAGCAGAGCUUGGAGACCAGAAGCUCACGCUGGAGAAGAUCUUCCGGGGCUUGUCACUUUUAGAAGCAAAGCUGAAAAGUGUGUUCGCCAAGCACGGCCUGGAGAAAAUGACCCCCAUUGGUGACAAAUACGACCCUCAUGAGCAUGAACUCAUGUGUCACGUGCCGGCUGGGGUGGGGGUGCAGCCUGGCACGGUGGCGUUGGUGAGGCAAGACGGCUACAAGCUGCACGGCCGCACCAUUAGACUUGCCCGGGUGGAGGUGGCGGUGGAGUCCCAGAGAAGACUGUGAACGGGCAGGGAGGAGCCGCAUGUGCUUCGGAGAGCGGCCGCCUGUGCUCCUUUAUUUAUUAAACUAGGUUUGUAUUGUACAUGAGCUACUUCAUGUGGUCUGUCCUGGAUUUAGUCAUAUUGGCUUUGUUUCUAAGAUACUGUAUUGAUUUACGGUGACCUCUUUGGUCUCAUCAGAAGUCUUGCCAUUGGGCAUUUGAACAAUGUGACAAGUGUUCCUGUGGCCUUUAUCAAAAUAUGUUUAAGAAAAUUAUUUUUAAAUUAGUGCUCUGAUGACUUUCAAUCCAAAAUCUGUUCAAAAGGUGGAAAUGAAUAUAUAUAUCUUUAUGUGUUUUCAACUGAUUGUUCCCUUCUGAUAGCCCUGUAACAGGAACUGUAUAGAACCUGGUAUUUGUGGGGGAAAGGAUUAGCUCAACAUUUGGGUACUUAGGUGGUGAAGCUUUAUAGUUGUAUGACUUUAGAUCAUUUGGGUUGGUUUUUAUACGUGUGGAUUUUCAGGACUUGACCUAUUCUUAUUUUAUUUUCCUUUUAGCCAUUUUUUUGUCCUUACAGCACCUGCCAGGUAGACUCCACCUUCACCCUCACUGUCUUUUCCGAAUCCCAUUUACAAGGGCUGAAGACCCAGGCGAGACUCGGAAGGCAGGGAAUGCCGAGAGAGCCACCCAGUUCCCCAGUCUGUCCCGGAGCGCGAGAGUGUGGCACUCCCCUUUCAUGUGUGACCCGGAGCAGUGAGCCUGUGUGUGUUUUCUACUUUUUCAGUCCUGCUUCAUGUGCCUGGUGUUUUGUAAAAGGUUUGUUCGACAUACAAGUCAGGGAAUGGGUGAUACAUCAGACUUCAGAAAGGAGGUUACCUACAGCUAUUUUAAUGCUAGAAGAGGCCUUAAUGGUGAUCUGAUAUCACCCUUCCCACUUCUUCUGAAGUAUGAAAACAGUGUUUUUAGAAUUGGACUCAAAAAAAUAAAUCUCUAAAACUAAUGGACUAAAUUUCAGUGAGAAUUUGAAUGAGGAUCAACGAGGUACCAACCUCGGUCAAGACGCAGUAGUUCUGUAAUGAGCGCGCGAGGGCGUCCCCGGCAGACAGUGAAGUGUCGGCUGUCCAGACUGCAUAGGGUCAGGGUUUGUUUGGUUGUUUCCUUAAAAUGUUUUAAUUACAUAGGGUUAGGUUUAAGUUAGCUACCCAUAAAAUAAAUCCACUUCUACUGGAACUCUGUGACCCAUUUCAGUGGAGUGGUAAAAAUUAGACACCAUAUAUAAUUCUAGGACACUACGCAGACUUGUAUAAAUAAAGCCAUCCCCCAGUGGGCCCUGCAAUCUCCACGAGAUUUAGACACUUAAAAAAAAAUACAUGCUUUUAAAAUGCAAACAAAACACUGGUGGUAAGACUUUUAAACCAGAACCUCUUGGCAUCCCCCUAAGUACAUGGUGUAAAUUUAAUGAGCAGUCAGAGUUCAUAAUGAGAAUCUGUCUUUAUUUGCCUGCAUUCCUUUGAGAUUGACAGAUGGUGACAGUAAGAGAAUGAACCCAUUAUAAUUACUCAUGCAUUCUUGGAUUACUAGCUGUUACUACCAUUGAAUUAAAAUAAGCGUAAUUUUAGGUAUGGAAUGUUCUGAUUACUUGAAGAAUUUUCUGAUAUUCUUUGUAACUUCCUGUUUUAGCUAGUGGAUUGAGAAUAACUUUAGAUUCUCAUUCAGUAGUUUUGCAGACUUCAAAGUGGAAAUGUAGAAAAUGGAGCCAUAGCAGUAAGAAUCUCACAAAGUGGAAGGGCUUUGGGAGCUAGGGCAGCGCGCUGGAGCACAGGCUUGUGGGCAUGGGCUUCAGCGGAGUCCCGGCUCAGGCACAGUGUGACCUCGGGCCCCGCUCCCUUCACCGUUCUGAGCCUGCUUUCCUAUUAGUGAAACAGUUAUGAUUUCCUCACAGUGUUGUGAGGGUUAAAUGAAAUGUGUAAAUUGCCUAUUGUAGUAGGCCCUCAAAUAUUUAUUUUUAAUUGCUUUUUAUUAUACACAUUGUUUUUCCAACGUUUUGUACCUGCCUUAAAGUCUAGGAAAAAGGGGAAUACUGGUUAAAAAAUGUUUAACUAUCGAAACUUAAUAAGCUAAUCAGAGUGGCUUAUUUUCCUUCCAGCUUCUGGUGGUUUGGGUUGGGGUUUUUUUGUUUUGUUUUACCAUAACACAAGAAAUUCACAUUUUGAGGCUGAAGGAGCAAGAAAAUUGUGUCGGUGCUUUGAAUUAUUUUCAUCCUGAUGGUGACACAAAGAGAUGUUGGCUUACAGAGGGCAUGUGAGGAAGCUGUGGCUCACUCGAAGGGGGGAUCUCGGUGUUUCAGUACUUGGGUUCUACAGAUCUUACAGGUUUUCCUCACUGCCAUAAAGGAGGAGUCAGUUGGUUUAAUACUGACGGAACUUCUUUGGUGCUUUCAUGGCAAAGGAUUUGAUAAGUGAAGCAAGGUUCUUAAACACUAAAGCAAAAUGAAAUAGGGAAAACUAAGGAUGAUAUAAAACAUUCAGAAAUAAAUAACUUCAAUAAAACCUGACUUGAAAUAACUGCAGU